GGGAGCGCCAGCCGUCGCCGCGCCGGGGGAGCGCCAGCCAUGGCCGCGCCGGGGGAUCCGCAGGACAAGCUGCUGCCGCUGGCCGGCCCCGGGUCCCAGUGGCUCAGGGACCGGGGGGAGGGGGAGGACGAAGCGGUGACGCCGAAAGGGGCCACGCCGGCGCCGCAGGCUGGGGAGCCCAGCCCGGGGUUGGGCGUCAGGGCCCGGGAAGCGGCGUCGCGAGAAGCCGGCUCGAGCCCAGCCCGGCAGUCGCCCGUUGCCAUGGAAACUGCAUCCACAGGUGUGGCAGGUGUUUCCAGUGCCAUGGACCACACCUUCUCAACAACAUCAAAAGAUGGGGAAGGAUCGUGUUACACAUCUCUCAUUUCUGACAUCUGCUAUCCACCUCAGGAGGAUUCUACAUAUUUCACUGGAAUUCUUCAGAAGGAAAAUGGCCACGUCACCAUUUCAGAGAGCCCUGAGGAGCUGGGUACACCCGGCCCCUCCUUACCAGAUGUGCCUGGGAUAGAGUCUCGUGGCUUAUUUAGUUCUGAUUCUGGAAUAGAGAUGACUCCUGCAGAGUCCACCGAAGUAAACAAGAUCUUAGCAGACCCUUUGGACCAGAUGAAAGCAGAGGCCUAUAAAUACAUUGACAUAACCAGACCCGAGGAGGUGAAGCACCAAGAACAACAUCACCCCGAGUUGGAAGAUAAAGACUUGGAUUUUAAGAAUAAGGACACUGACAUCUCAAUUAAACCUGAAGGAGUCCGUGAACCUGACAAACCAGCUCCUGUGGAGGGAAAAAUCAUCAAGGACCAUUUACUGGAAGAAUCCACAUUUGCUCCAUACAUAGAUGAUCUCUCUGAAGAACAGCACAGGGCUCCUCAGAUCACCACCCCUGUCAAAAUCACACUGACAGAAAUAGAACCUUCUGUUGAAACCACUACCCAGGAGAAGACCCCUGAGAAGCAAGAUAUAUGUCUAAAGCCAAGUCCUGACACAGUCCCCACUGUCACUGUCUCGGAGCCUGAAGAUGACAGCCCAGGAUCUAUCACCCCUCCAUCUUCUGGAACAGAACCAUCUGCUGCAGAAUCCCAGGGGAAAGGCAGCAUCUCCGAGGAUGAGCUGAUCACCGCCAUCAAAGAAGCAAAGGGAUUAUCGUAUGAAACCGCCGAGAGCCCACGGCCGGUGGGCCAGCUGGCCGACAGGCCUGAGGUCAAGGCCAGGUCCGGACCGCCAACCAUCCCCAGCUCCCUGGACCACGAGGCCAGCAGCGCAGAGUCGGGGGACUCAGAGAUCGAGCUGGUGUCCGAGGAUCCCAUGGCCGCGGAGGACGCGCUGCCCUCGGGCUAUGUGAGCUUUGGCCACGUGGGUGGCCCGCCGCCGUCGCCCGCCUCGCCAUCCAUCCAGUACAGCAUCCUGAGGGAGGAGCGUGAGGCCGAGCUGGACAGCGAGCUCAUCAUCGAGUCGUGCGACGCCUCCUCGGCCUCAGAGGAGAGCCCCAAGCGGGAGCAGGACUCACCCCCGAUGAAGCCCGGCGCCCUGGACGCCAUCCGGGAGGAGACGGGCGUCCGGGCCGAGGAGCGGGCGCCAAGCCGGCGGGGCCUGGCCGAGCCGGGUUCCUUCCUCGACUACCCCACAGCUGAGCCCCAGCCUGGCCCCGAGCUGCCCCCUGGAGACGGAGCCCUGGAGCCUGAGACGCCCACGUUGCCACGGAAGCCUGAGGAAGACUCGAGUUCCAACCAAAGUCCUGCGGCCACAAAGGGCCCUGGGCCUCUAGGUCCUGGCGCCCCGCCCCCACUGCUGUUUCUCAAUAAGCAAAAAGCUAUUGACCUGCUGUAUUGGCGGGACAUCAAGCAGACGGGCAUCGUGUUUGGGAGUUUCCUGCUGCUGCUCUUCUCCCUGACCCAGUUCAGCGUGGUGAGCGUUGUGGCCUACCUGGCCCUGGCCGCACUCUCAGCCACCAUCAGUUUCCGCAUCUACAAGUCUGUUUUACAAGCUGUGCAGAAAACCGACGAGGGCCACCCUUUCAAGGCCUACUUGGAGCUUGAGAUCACCCUUUCUCAGGAGCAGAUUCAGAAGUACACGGACUGCCUGCAGUUCUACGUGAACAGCACGCUUAAGGAACUGAGGAGGCUCUUCCUUGUCCAGGACCUGGUGGAUUCCUUAAAAUUUGCAGUCCUGAUGUGGCUCCUGACCUACGUUGGCGCUCUCUUCAAUGGCCUGACCCUGCUGCUCAUGGCUGUGGUUUCAAUGUUUACUCUACCUGUAGUGUAUGUUAAGCACCAGGCACAGAUUGACCAAUAUCUGGGACUUGUGAGGACUCACAUAAAUGCUGUUGUGGCAAAGAUUCAGGCUAAAAUCCCAGGCGCUAAGAGGCACGCUGAGUAAACUGAUUUCCCACCGGGGACUGGACACAAACAGGAAUGUCUGGAGUGGUAACAGCUCUCUUCUUACUCGUUACUGCAAAUUGAUUGUUUCCCCCGCCUCCUCCAGUACCAUAGUCUUAGAGACAAACCUUAAAACAGCUGUUUUUAGGCUGUUCCUUGUACUCUUAGGAUAUUUGAGUCACUUGUGUCAACCACUAAAAUAUAGAGAAAAGUGUAUUAGAUGUGGUUUUUAAUUUUGUGUUGCUAAAAAAAGUGCAUGAUGGUGAGAGCCCAAGUUAUCUUUCCCUCUUCGGUGUUCUUCUUCUCUUCUCUGCAAUGCUUCUGUAGCUUCUAACGUUCCCCGUGGCUAGGCCUUUCCUGCCGAGUGCUCUGACGCAAUAGUGGAAAUCGCUUAUAUGUCCUUGGGUUGCUGGUUGGAUUAAUCUUUAAUAACAAUAUAUAGAAUUGUAGACUGAUGUUUUAGCAUUUUUCCAACACACACAACGUAAAAAUAAAAGCAGUCGACCUCACGGUAAUCAGUUUUGUAUAACUUAAAAUAAUUAAAUAAAUGAAUAAAUCCAAAACAAACAUGCAGUACUUUUGUUGUGUGGGAUUGGUGGGCUGAUUUACAUGUAUGGUUACUAAAAAGUACCAGCAUGUUAACUUUAUUACAAUUUGUAUUACUUUCUCUGUAGUUCCUAAUGGAUUCAAUUACGGACUCUGGAUAUUUGCACUUAUGUACUUGAUACUGAAUGCAUAAAUAAAUGUUACUAAAUGUAGAA